AGGAAAUUAUUAUAGAAGUUUCCUUUUUAGUUUACCAAGAGAGAAAAAGAGAAUACAUAAUCCAAUAGAAGAAUUGCAUAGAAGAAGGGUGAAGGAGGAAGCAAAAAGGAAGUGGCGUGUUUUUUUUCAUUUCUUCUCCUCAAAGUCUCAUACAUAUCCACAGAUUCAUAGCUCAAUCUCAUCCUCGUUUGCUCAAUCUAUCGAGAAAAAUUGUACAGCGACCGAUUGGUUUAGAUUCUUGGAUGGUGACGAAGGAAAUGCGUGUUGGAAAAUACGAGCUUGGGAAGACGCUUGGUGAAGGAAACUCUGCGAAUGUCAAACUCGCCAGAGAUACUGUUUCAGGACAAUCUUUCGCUGUCAAAAUCAUCGACAAGUCUCGUAUCUCUCGUCUUAACGUCUCCUUGCAGAUUAAGAGAGAGAUCCGCACACUCAAAGUGUUGAAGCAUCCCAACGUUGUCAGAUUACAUGAGGUCUUAGCUAGCAAAACCAACAUUUACAUGGUCCUUGAAUAUGUCACUGGAGGAGACUUAUUUGACAGAAUUGUCUGCGAAGGAAAGAUUUCGGAGAGAGAAGGAAGAAAAAUGUUUCAGCAGUUAAUUGAUGGACUCAACUAUUGUCAUUACAAAGGCGUUUUCCACAGGGAUCUCAAGCUAGAGAAUGUUCUUCUUGAUGCAAAGGGUCACAUUAAGAUCACUGACUUUGGCCGACUUCCACAUGUCGCUCCUGAGGUUUUAGUCAACAAGGGCUAUGAUGGUGCUGCAUCGGAUAUAUGGUCAUGUGGAGUAAUCUUGUAUGCUAUUCUUACGGGAUGUCUCCCUUUUGAUGAUACAAACCUGGCGGCUAUUUGCCGGAAGAUAGUCAAAGGGGACCCCCCAAUACCUAGAUGGAUAUCACCGGGUGCUAAAACCAUGAUCAAGAGAAUGCUUGAUCCAAAUCCAAUGACGAGGAUAACAAUCGCAGGUAUUAAGGCCAAUGACUGGUUCAAGCAUGACUACAGUACUCCGUCCAAUUGCCAUGAUGAAGACGAUGCAAUCUCAAUCCAAGAUGUAUAUGAAGAAGAGAAGACCUCUGAUUCACCAACCGUCAUCAAUGCCUUUCAGUUGAUCGGAAUGUCACUGUUUCUUGACCUCUCCGGUUUGUUUGAGACAGAGAACGUGUCAGAGAGGCAGAUAAGAUUCACGACAAAUAAGCCAGUCGUAGAUGUGUUGGACAAAAUCAAAACAGUCCUUAUGGAGAUGGGUUUCUGUGUACAAAAGAAACACACAAUGUUAAAAGCAAUCCAAGAAGAGAGUACUCGGAAAGGGCAAGGCGGGUUAUCAGUAACGGCUGAGGUUUUCGAGAUAAUCCCGUUGCUGAAUGUGGUUGAACUGAGAAAAUCACAUGGCGAUUCAUCUCUAUAUAAUCAGUUGUGCGAGAGAUUAUCAAACGAAUUGGACACAUGAUGUGUCAUACAAUAUUAUUGCAAGUACAACAGCUUUUAAGGUAGCCAGUAGCAGAAACAAAUGUCGACUAUUCAAUAUCCGGGAUGAUAGAGGAUAUAUGAAAAAAAGUUUUUUCUAUUAACUUUUCUUUGUAUAAAAUCGGUACAUAACAUUCAAAAAAACAAGGCCACAAUUAGGUUCUAUUGUAAACAAUAUAUUUUGUUUCUCUAUCCGUACACCAGCAGCAAUUUAAACAGAUAUCUAAGCAUAGGAUCUUUUCUCUAUCUGUUCAUAAGAAGCAAUUAAACAGAUAAUUAAGCAUAUGAUUUUUUAAGCA